GGAUCCACCACCACCGGUGUAGUACUACAACAAUCAAACACAAAUCCACCUGUUGAACUAUAACACACAAUAAAAAACAAUCACACACCACACCCACCUCCUCCUCCACCUUACGGAACGAUGACAUGAUGUCACUACUCCCCAUCCGGACGCUCGUCUUCCUCCUGCCCCUGUUUCUAAUAACCCCCACAACCACGACAGAGUCCACAGUUUCAGAAACGAUAAGCUGCUCCUCUGACCAGUUCAAGUGUGGGAACAAAACCUCGGCCAAGUGCAUUCCGAAGAGAUGGGUCUGCGAUUUUCAUGCCGAUUGCGCUGACGCCGAGGACGAGAUUGGAGACUGCCCCCCCCCUGAGUGCGACCCCGUGAGUCAAUUUAAAUGUGCCACGUACAAGUUCAACGCGAGUUCUUAUUGUAUUCCGGUUCAUCAGAAAUGCGAUCACAUCCCCGACUGCUUCGACGGAUCGGACGAGGCCAAUUGCCAAUACCGCCCCUGCGGCCCCACCGAUUUCAAAUGUGACUCCACGAAGGGUGACAUUUGCGUCCCGGAGAGCAAAAAGUGCAAUGGCUACUUUGACUGUCGCAAUGGGGAGGACGAAAAAAGCUGUCCAAACCGCACUCUAUCCUGUGACUUGACCCAAUUCGCCUGUGGGACGGGGGACAAAUGCGUGGAAAUGGCCAUGCGCUGCAAUCACAGGGAGGAUUGUGCCGAUGGGAGUGACGAAAAAACCUGCAACUUCCCGUCCUGUACGAAAGACCAGUACCGUUGCACGAACCAGUUUUGCAUCCCGAAACGCUGGUCCUGCGAUGGUCGAACGGACUGUUCGGAUGGGUCGGAUGAGAAGAAUUGUACGAUUAAAUGUCCAGAGAACCAGUUUUUCUGCCCAAAAGGGAGCCUGGAUGGGACGCCGAAAUGCGUGGAAAAAUCCGUGGUUUGCAAUGGGAAGAGGGACUGCUCCGAUGGCUCCGAUGAGGAGGGCGUGUGCUCCACCACGCUCUGCCCGCAACUCUCCUGCACCCACAAGUGCGUCCCCUCGCUGGACGGAGGCGUGUGCACUUGCCCCGAUGGGUUUGAAGUCUUUACUAACGACUCUCGAACGUGUGUGGAUAAGGACGAGUGUGGGUUGUACGGGUAUUGUUCGCAGUUUUGCGAGAAUUCGAGGGGGAGCUACAAGUGUGAUUGUGCCAGUGGUUAUAAGCUUAUUGAAGGGAAGAAAUGCAUAGCGGAUGAGAAGGCUUUUAUCUACUUUGUCCAUCACACGGAGGUGUUCAGGAUCAAUCCAGAGGGGAGGAGUGAGCUCCUGCUCCACACCCCCUCCGCCUCCGGCCUGGACUUCCACUACUCAAAAAAACUCUUAUUCUUCUCCGACAUAGAAACGCGAAAGAUCUACGCCAUAAAAUUAACCGAGCCACCAUCGAGUACUCCCCCGAUUUACCAAACCUCCCGAACAACCACGGAGAUUUCCCUCCCCUCAACGACGUGGUCACCCGUUGCCCUCGCGGUGGAUUGGAUCGGGGACAAAUUAUACGUCGUGGACUCCGUGGGGCAGAAGAUCGACACCUUCGAGCUGGACGGCCGAUCCCACGUGAUAGCCCUGUCCCACAAUCUAACCAACCCCUCGGACAUAGCGCUGGACCCACUGAUCGGACUGAUGUUCAUCGCGGAUAAUAUGCGGGUGAUGCGAGCGACCAUGUCCGGAGGGGAUGUUCGUGCCAUAGUUACUGAAGCGGUUUAUCGAGCGAGCGGAGUUGCCGUGGAUCUCGUGGUGAAGCGGGUUUACUGGUGCGAUAGUCUUUUAGAUUACAUCGAGAGUGUUAACUACGAGGGGGGGCAGAGGCAGAGCGUCGUCAGGGGCUCCUCGACGAUCCCCUCCCCCACCCGCCUGACCCUAUACAACACGAACGUCUACUUCACCGACUCCACCAAAGAAGGCCUCCUCGAACUCGACAAGUACUCCUCCACCAACACCCUCCGCACACUAUACUCCAACCGCACGGUAACGAAAGAACCCCGCGCAGUGAAAGCCUAUUCCUCCCUCGUACAACCCCACAUCCCGUCCCCUUGUGGCUCGAACAACGGGGGCUGUGAAAAACUCUGCAUUGUAACCAACACCCCCGAGGGGAACCUAGGCUUCGAGUGUGCCUGUCCCAUUGGUUGGCAGUUGAUGGAGGAUCGCAGGAGCUGCAUGGGAGUGAAGGAAUUGCUGAUUUAUUCACAACAUAAAUUCGUAAAGGGACAAGUGCUGGAUCCUGUUUUGGACUCGUUUACUGACGCGAUUGUUCCGGUGGUUUCGAGAUCCGCGAGAUUCGUCGGGCUGGAUUUUGAUGCGCAUGAGAAUUUUAUCUACUUUUCGGAUGUGCUGCAGGAUGUUAUUUACAAGAUUAAAUCGAAUGGGUCCGGGAAGGAGAUUGUCCUCGCGGCGCAGAAUGAGGGGGUCGAGGGCCUCGCGAUGGACUGGGCCUCAAAGCUCCUCUACUACAUCGACUCCAAAGACGGGACCCUCUCAGUCCUCUCCACCCGGAACACCACGAUCCGCCGUGUUCUACUCCGCUCUUUGAAACGCCCCCGUGCCAUAGUGGUCCAUCCAAAUAAAGGAUAUUUAUUCUACUCCGAAUGGGAUCGACCAGCGAAUAUUUCACGUGCAAAUUCCGAUGGAUCGGGUGUGAUAGUUUUUAGAAAUGUUUUAUUAGGAUGGCCGAAUGGGUUAUCCAUUGAUUACCAGGCGGAUCGUUUGUACUGGUGCGAUGCGCUGUUGGACCAUGUGCAACAUGCCAAUUUGGAUGGAGGGGAUAUCAAAACUAUUAAUUCUAAGCUUAUAAGGCAUCCGUUUUCCUUAGUGGUUUUUGGGGAUUUCGUCUAUAUCACGGAUUGGAGGUUGGAUGCGAUUUUUAAGCUGGAUAAAAUAAAGGGGGACAGGGAGGUCAUCGUUACCAAGGUUGAUGAGACCAACCGGCUGUAUGGAGUGAAGAUUUACUCGCAGAAAAACCAGGAAAUAUCUAAAUAUCAUCCUUGCUCUAUUAAUAAUGGGAACUGUGCCGGGUUGUGUUUCCCAUUGAUGAAGGGUGAUAAAUUGGAGAGCGUGUGCGGCUGUGGUCAAGGGGAGAAGGUUGAUAAGGAUGGGAAGAGCUGUGUCCUGGAUCCGGAUGCUGAGCCGGUCAAGGUUUGCUCGAAUUCGUGGCACUUUACUUGUGAUAACCAGCGCUGCGUUCCUCAGUCGUGGAGAUGCGACGGUGACGACGACUGCCUGGACGGAUCGGAUGAGAAAAACUGUACGAAACCGACGUGCACGGCGACGGAGUUUCAAUGCAAAACUGGGAGGUGCAUCCCCUCUUCGUUCAAAUGCGAUGGGGACAAUGAUUGCGGCGACUCCUCCGACGAGCUUGGCUGCGUGAACGUCACUUGUGAGUCGAGUCAAUUUGCGUGUGAGAACGGCCGAUGUAUUCCUCAAAGCUGGAAGUGCGACUCGGAAAAUGAUUGCAGCGAUGGGAGUGACGAAGGAGAUUUCUGCGCCGAGAAAACGUGUGCAUAUUUCCAAUUUACGUGUCCUGGGAGCGGCCACUGCAUCCCCAACUCGUGGAAGUGCGAUGGUGACUCUGACUGUUUCGGUGCUGGACAAGGCCCCGCAGCGGACGAGCUCAACUGCCCACCCAUUUCAUGUCGAGAGAACCAAUUCAAAUGCUCAAAUUUCAAACAAUGCAUCCAUGAAUCGUACAAAUGCGAUGGGAUCCCGGAUUGCGACAAUGGGUCGGACGAGCAAGGCUGUCCGGAAGUAAAGGAGAACGAAUGUCACCCGGAGAAGCAGUUUAAAUGCAUGAAGAGUGGGAUUUGCAUCCCGAAAGAGUGGCACUGCGAUGGGAAUCCCGAUUGUGAAGACAAAUCCGACGAGCCGCCCAACUGUUCCCAGAAGCCCUGUUCCGUGGGCUACUGGAAAUGCGGGAACGGGAAAUGCGUCCACAACGCUUACAUCUGCGAUGGCAGCGAUGAUUGUGGUGACAACAGCGAUGAAUCCGUAGAACUCCACGCCUGUAAGAAAACCGUGAAAUGCGGUCCGAACGAGUGGCCAUGCCCGAAAUUGCAAUCCACUCGGUGCAUCAACAUCACCUCCAUUUGCGAUGGCAUCGUGGAUUGUCCGAACUCCUCGGACGAAGGCCCCACCUGCGACCUGGCUGAAUGCUCACUAACCACGUGUAACUCGCCGAUGUGCAAGCAGACCCCGACGGGACCGCUCUGCAUUUGUCCAAAGGGGGAAGUUCUUGAACCUAACUCUACCUCGGUCUGUACGGACUUUAACGAGUGCGAACUCAAUCUUUGCUCCCAGGGGUGCACUAAUACGAAGGGGAAGUUUUUCUGCACCUGCACGGCUGGCUACACCCUCGACCCCACCCCACCUCCGCAAACCCCUACCAAAUGCAAAGCCCUGAACCGCACCCUGGCCUUCCUCGUGAUCUCCAACCGCCGCUCAAUCCUACUCUCCGAUUUAAACGAACAUUCCAUCGAGAGACUCCCCGUUUUAGUGGAAAACGUCGUCGCCACCGCCUCUGACAUGUCACGUGGGAUAAUUUUCUGGUCGGACAUGAAACUGAAGAAAAUCUUCCGUGUGAACCGGAAUGGAUCCGAGUUGAAAGAAGUGAUUUCCAACGGAUUGGAUUUGGUCGAAGGGAUCGCGUUUGAUUGGGUGGGGAGGAAUUUGUACUGGGUGGACUCGAGGUUGCACACGUUGGAGGCCACGGACGAGUGGGGGAAACAUCGGGUCGUUGUGCUGAGUAGGAAUGUUAGCCAGCCGAGGGGGAUCGUGCUGGACCCGGAUACUGGGAGCCGCUCUCUAUUUUGGUCCGAUUGGGGAGAGAACCCACGGAUUGAGCGGAUUUCACUGGAUGGGACGGGGAGGACCGCCAUCGUCACUACUAAAAUCUUUUGGCCCAAUGGAUUAACUUUGGACACAGCGAAUAAACACGUCUACUUCGCGGAUUCCAAAUUGGAUUAUAUCGAUUUUUGCAAUUACGAUGGGACCGGGAGGCGGCAGGUGCUGAGCUCCUCCCACUACCUCCUCCACGCCCACUCCCUCACCUUAUUCGAGGACACUUUGUACUGGACAGACCGCCAACUAAACCGUAUCCUCUCCACCCACAAAUACCACGGAACGAACCAAUCCGUCGUCCACCACGUCGUCUCCCAACCUCUCUCCAUCCACGUUAAUCACCCAUCAUUACAGUUUAAUUACGAGAACCCCUGUUCAAAAGUCUCCUGCGACCAGUUAUGCGUGCUGUCAAACAGUCCGAGUGGUUACAAGUGCCUCUGUCGACCGGGGUACACGACCCAAGGGGAGAAAUGCGUUCAGGAAGACGUCCCUUAUAUUUUAUUAGUGAAGAGCAAUCAAAUUGUGGACUUGAGCUUGUCCGAUGAUAAGAAUUAUUUCGUACCCAUCGUGGGGAUCGAGGGGGGGAGGGUGCUGGAGGUCGAUAGGGAGAAGCAGGACCUCUACUACGUCGAGGGAGGAGAAACCCUUGAGAACGGAACGAUAUACAAGUACUCUUUAUCUAAUGGUAACCGGUCCCAAUUCCUCGACCCCCUGAAAGACCCGGGCCUCAUCGGAUCACCUUACACAAUAGCGUUUGAUUGGAUCGGGAGGAAUUUAUACAUAGGAAAUAAAGAAGCUUCGCUUAUAGAACUGGUAAAAGUGGAUGGGAAAAACAAGUACCGAAUGGUCAUCUUGGGAGGUGGAGAGUCCAACACGGAGAGUCAAGUGGGGAAGGUCAACGCGAUCUGUUUGGAUCCAAUGGAGGGAACGCUCUACUGGCUCGACGCUGGCCACAUCUCCACUCCACCAAAACUCUCCACCGCCCAGAUGGACGGCUCCUCCCCAAAAACCCUCCUGACCCUCACCACCCCGGGCACCUCCCUCACAAUAGACCCCAUAACAAAAACCCUGUAUUAUUCCCACUCUUCACCCCCAAAGAUCUCUUCCUACUCCACAAAAACCUCGGAAUCCACGGACCUCCUCACCACGAACCUCGCCUCCCCGAUCUCCAUCCAAUACCACGAAUCUCGCUUGUACUUCCUGGACCCUGUCUACGAGAAAAUCACGAUAAUCUCCCUCCCCUCACUAGAAACCAAAAACCUCCGCGAGAACGAACCGGACCUAAAAUCCAUGCAGAUCUGGAGGAAACAACCAACCACAAACAGUUGCCUCAACUCUAACUGUGAUCAUAUCUGUAUCCCAACGAACAACCGUGGAAGGAAAUGCGCCUGCUCUCUAGGAUACAAACUAACCUCGGAAACCACCUGUUCGAAUUACAAAUCCUUCUUGAUAAUCGCUCAGGAAGAUAGGAUCCGCGGGAUUGGGGAUGAUUCAAUCGAGGCCAUGGUCCCCAUCCACUCCAAUGAUAGACAUAUUCUACACAUCGAUUUAUACAUGAAAUCUGGGUGGAUUUAUUGGAUCGAGUACGGAAAGGGAUCGACUAAUGGUUUGUGGAGGAUCCACCCCAAUGGGACCGAGUUACAACAAAUUAUUUCUAAAGGAAUCGGCUCCAACGGUCUGAGAGGACUAACAAUCGACUGGAUCUCCAAACAAAUCUACUUUACAAACGCCUUCCCGCACGAGACAUUUCUAGAAAUUUGUAAUUUAGAAGGUGGAUUUAGAAAGAUUCUGAGCAAGAAAAACUCUGAUAACCCACGGGAAUUAGCGGUGAAUCCGGUGAAGAAAUUUUUAUAUUGGAUCGAUUACGGGACGUUCCCUCGGAUCGGGAGGGCCUUGCUCGAUGGGAGCAAUUGGACAGAGUUAGUCACGAGUGGGAUCACGAAUCCUAAGGAUUUAACGAUUGAUUUUAAUAAUCAUGAUGUUUACUGGAUCGAUGCGACGUUUGAUAAUAUUCAGAAAAUUAACUACCAAGGUGGGAACAGGGUUGUGAUUAAGAGGAAUGUGCCCAAUCCUGUGGGGAUCAGUGUUUUUAGGGACUAUGUUUACUGGGCGGAUAAGAAUUUGGGGUCGGUGUUUAAGUUUUCUUUGAAGGAUAGUAGUGGUGGUGGUGGGAAUGGUGCGGGGGAUUUGAUCCGAUCGGGGAUGAGCAAUUUGAAAUCGGUUAAAUACUACGAUUCCUAUUCGCAACCGGAAGUGGAGAGUUACUGCGGGGUUUGUGAGCAGUUGUGCUACGCCAUUGGGGAGAGGGUCCAGUGCGAUUGCGCCACGGGCACCCUGGUGAACAACCGCUGCGUGCCCCUCACCACCUACCUCGUCUUCUCCACCCGCACGGAGAUCCGCUCCGUCCACAUCGACCCCACAAACACCCAAGUCCCCUUCGCCCCCAUAACAAACCUAACAAACGUCGUGGGUGUUGAUUUUGACUAUAAAGACGGGAGGAUAAUUUACACACAGAUCCGACCGGAUGCAAAGAUUAAUUAUUUCUCUGUGAGUGAUUUGACCAAGACCGUGAGUGUUUUGACCAAAGGGAUCAAUCCAGAAGGGGUUGCGUAUGAUUGGGUGGGGAAGAAGAUUUACUGGACGGACAGUGGGAAUAGCUCGAUUUAUGCGAUGGAUUUGGAUGGGGGGAACGUCGUGGUUAUCACGCAUGUGGAUCGGCCCAGGGCGAUUGUCGUGCAUCCGUGCAAUGGAACCCUCUACUACACGGACUGGGGCCUGUUCGGGACCUCCGGCAAAAUCUACCGCUCCACGAUGGCCGGGACGUUAAAACGUGCCAUCGUCUCCACUGACCUCACUCAACCCUCCGGCCUUGCCCUAGACAUCCCCGACAGCAAACUAUACUGGACGGACGCGGUCCGUGAAAAGAUCGAGCGCUCAAAUCUCGACGGCACUUCACGUGAAGUCCUCAUCACCGCGACGAUCUACCCAUUUGCAAUAACAAUCCACCAGGACUACAUUUUCUGGACGGACCUCCAACUCCGCGGGGUUUACCGCGCAGACAAACACACCGGAGCGAAUAUGAUUGAAAUCGUGAAGAGAUUAGAAGAGUCCCCAAGGGAUAUACAAGUCUUUGAUGGGGGAAAACAGAGCUGCACUUACUCUCCAUGUCAGGAUAAUAAUGGGGGAUGUGCGCAGAGUUGUCAUCCUGGUGGAGAUGGGGUUGCCCUGUGUACUUGUCUUCCUACUUUUACCCUUGUGAAUAAUGGGAAGAUGUGUCUGCCUUCGAAUUUCAGCACGUGUGACUCGUCGAAAUUUGCGUGUGCGAAUGGGAAGUGUAUCUCAAGGUUAUGGACGUGUGACGGGGAGGAUGACUGUAACGAUGGGGUAGCCAGUGAUGAGGAUAAGGGCUUUUGUGCCUUUCAUACGUGUGGGGCUAAUGAGUUUCGGUGCAGGAAUGGGAGGUGCAUUUUCAACUCGUGGGUCUGCGAUUUUGAACCGGAUUGCAACGAAACCCCAUCGGCGGACGAGAUGAACUGCACUUACCCCACGUGUAAUGAGGGUGAAUUCACCUGUGGCAAUGGGCGUUGUAUCCCCUCCUCCUUGGUCUGCAACGGGGUGAACGACUGCAAGGACAACAAAACCUCCGACGAGAGUCUGAUGAAUUGCAGAAACGCUAAUAAAACCUGUCCCGCGACGCAUCUGAAGUGCGAAACGACUAACAUUUGCGUGGAGCCGUUUUAUCUUUGUGAUGGGGACAAUGAUUGCGGCGACAACAGCGACGAGAACCCUUUACACUGCUCCAAACGGACGUGCCCCUCUAACUCUUUCCGCUGUCCGAACCACCGUUGCAUCCCUGCGAGCUGGCACUGCGACGGGGACCCCGACUGCCCGGAUGGCGCGGAUGAACCGGCGGAUUACUGCAAAUCCGAGAUGAAAACGUGCUUUGGGGACUUGUUCACGUGUCGGAAUGGGGCGUGUAUUCCGAGGAGUUACAUCUGCGACGGUGACAAGGACUGCCUGGACGGUUCUGACGAGGACGACACCACGAACCAGUGCAACAACCGAAAGUGUGACAACUCUACAGAGUUUUACUGCCCAGAGAAUAAAUCCUGGGGAAGGAGCCAGUGCAUCCCGAAAAAAUGGGUCUGCGAUGGGGACCCCGAUUGCAUCAGUGGGAGAGACGAAAACACCACCCUGAACAACUGCCCACCGCCCCAACCCUGCUCCGAAGACCAAUACCGCUGUGACAACGGCCGCUGUAUAAACUCUGUCUGGAAAUGUGACCUGGACAACGACUGCGGUGACGGAUCAGACGAGAAAAAAUCCUGCUCCUCGACAUACCCAACCUGCACCCCUACCGAAUUCGCCUGUAACAACUUCAAAUGCAUCCGCUCCUCAUUCAAAUGCGAUGGAGAAAACGACUGCGGGGACAACUCGGAUGAGUACAACUGCCCGCAGAUACAGAGCAACUGCACCCACGGUCACACUUGUGAUGGUGGGAAGUGCAUAGAACUCGCUUCACUAUGUGACAAAAUAGCGGACUGUAUCGAUUCUUCAGAUGAACCGGCGCAUUGUAACGUUAACGAGUGUCUGAUUUCCAAUGGGAGAUGUUCCCAAUUAUGUAUAGACACCCCUCUGGGAUUCAAUUGUAACUGCACUGAAGGAUACGAGCUAUUAGAAGAUAAAAGAACAUGUCAAGACAUAGAUGAGUGCAAAACACUAGGCACCUGCGAACAGCACUGUUUCAACACUCCAGGAUCGUACCACUGCAAAUGUGACGAGUUGUUUUAUGAUAAAAUAGGAUCUAAGUGUAAGAGGUUAGACGGGAUCAGACCCUGGUUGAUCUUCACGAACAAAUAUUACCUCCGGAACAUGUCCACCGACGGAUCGGUGUAUAACAUUAUUCUACAAGACCUGAGGAACGUCGUCGCACUAGAUUUUGAUAUAAGAAACAAUCACAUUUACUACGCUGAUGUUAGUGCAAAAACGAUUUUCCGAUCGGACAUCACCACCGGAGUAAAAGAAUCAAUAAUAAAACACGAAUCCCACGGAUUAGAAGGCCUCGCAGUGGAUUGGAUCGGAAGAAAACUCUACUGGCUCGAUCGCCAUUCUAAAUCCUUAGAAGUCUCUGAACUCAACGGGACCAAUAGAAAAACUUUGAAAUCUAAUAUCCAAGAUCCACGGGCGGUUGUUGUCCAUCCUAAAAAAGGAUUGUUAUUUUACACCUCCUGGCAUUUGCAGGCGUAUAUCGGAAGGAUGAAUUUGGAUGGGAGUAAUUUCACGAUGAUUCUGAAUUGGGAAAACUCCAUCGCGUGGCCCAAUGCGUUAACUCUUGAUUAUAUAAAUGAUAGGUUGUACUUUGCGGAUGCCCAUCUUGACUACAUUGAUGUUGUGGAUUUGGAUGGUAAAAACAGAAAAACGAUUUUAAAAGGUGUCAGAGUCCCGCACGUGUUUGCUUUAAGCUUAUUUGAGGACACGUUGUUUUACACGGAUUGGAAUUUAAAAGGAGUUUUCAAGUGUAAUAAGUUUAAUGGGAGCGAUUGGACCGUGAUUAGAAACACUACCCAUCGUCCUUAUGAUCUGCAUGUUUUCCAUCCUUUGAGACAGAUCCCGGAUGAUUCGAGGUGCGAGGGGAAUGGGGGCUGUUCUCAUCUUUGUUUGUUGAAUGGGAGUGAAGGGGAGAGCUGCAAGUGUCCGAAUCAGUUUGUUCUGAGUGGGAAAAAUUGUGUGGCUAAUUGUACGAGGGGACAGCAUCGGUGUGGCGGGGAUGACAAGUGUGUGCCGCAUUAUUGGAGGUGCGAUGGGGAGGGGGAUUGCAGGGAUGGGAGUGACGAGUCAUCCUGUCCACCCCGCCUGUGUAAAACGGGUCAAUUCCAAUGCGCGAAUGGGAACUGCACCUCACCGACUUCCAUUUGUGACACGAUCGAUGACUGCGGGGACGCCAGUGAUGAAUCGCUUUGCUCCGCGGAUUGUGGGGAGAACGAGUUCAAGUGUAAAACGAGUGGGAAGUGUAUUUUGAACAGUUGGAGGUGCGAUGGGGAUGCGGAUUGUGGGGAUGCCAGUGAUGAGGACCCCACGGUGUGCCACAACCGGACCUGCGACAAGGACACGGAAUUUACUUGUAACAAUGGGAAGUGUAUCCCGGUCCUCUGGAAGUGUGAUUACGACGAUGAUUGCGGGGACGACAGCGACGAGCCCGCCCAGCAAUGCCGCCAGCGUAACUGCACCGAGGGCUGGCGUCGGUGUCCCACGUGGGGUAACUAUCGCUGCAUCCCAGAGUGGUUAUUUUGCGAUGGGAAACCAGAUUGUAGGGACGGAUCGGAUGAAAAACCUGAAUCUUGUGCGAAGUGUGAUCCGCAAAGGGAGUUUCAAUGUCGAAACGGAAGAUGUGUCCCUAACUCGUGGUUGUGCGAUUUUUCCAAUGAUUGUGGGGAUAACAGUGACGAACUCCUGACCACCUGCCCCACGGGCUACCGCCCCUGCUCCGAGUCUGAAUUCAAAUGCUCCAACAACCGCUGCAUCCCGUCCCGUUUCCUCUGCGACAUGGACCAGGACUGCCUGGACCCAGAAAAUUCCGAUGAAAAAGACUGCUCCAACCACACCUGUCCCUCCACCCAAUUCCAAUGCAAGUCCGGCCACUGCAUCGCCAUGCACUUUAAAUGCGACGGAGAAAAGGACUGCUCCGACCUGUCCGACGAACUCGACUGCCCACCACGCUACCCUCAAGGGAAAUACUGCCCCAAAGAGAAAUACGAGUGCAAUAACCACCUUUGUAUAAGUCACACGGAUCUUUGUGACGGAACGGAUGACUGUUUGGACAAUAGUGAUGAGCUGCCUGGGUUAUGUACUAACUUCUCGUGUGAUAAGCUGCAUAGGUUCCAGUGUGCGAAUAACAAGUGCAUCCCGAGGUAUCAGGUCUGUGAUGGGAGGGACAAUUGUAAUGAUGGGGUGGCGAGUGAUGAGAAUAAUCAGGGGUGCAGUAGUAAAUUGAGGCAGUGUGGGCUGGGGGAGUUUAGGUGUGCCAACAGGAAGUGUGUGGAUAAAUCUGUGGUGUGUAAUCUGGAGGAUAACUGUGGGGAUCACUCGGAUGAGCUCGGCUGCCACCACAAGCUAACCUGCUCCACCCAAAACGGCUACUGCCGGGACACCUGUACGAACCUCACCUCCGGCUACAUCUGCACCUGCUCUCACGGUUACAUCACCUCAAAAACCAACCCAAAAGAGUGCUCCGACGUGGAUGAGUGCGACACCUCAAACCUAAACCAAUGCUCCCAAAAGUGCACUAACCUCAAUGGGACUUAUUCCUGCUCCUGCCUCCCCGAGUUCACCCCAAACAUCGGCUUCCACGGGUCGUGUCACUCCACUUCCACGGUGGAAACCACGAUUUACGUCUCCAACGGCCCGGAGAUAUUAACCCUAACACCACAAAAAACCACCCAACUAAUCCGCAAUGAGAAACGCGUGGAAUCCCUCGAUAUCUACGGCGACCUGAUCUACUGGGCGGACUCCUACGACCGGACGAUCAAACGUAGUUGGAUCCCUGGUAGGAAAUCCGGCAGUAAAAUCGGUUACGGACAGGACCUCGAGAUAAAAGCGAAUGGGAAGCUGACUUGUGUGAAGGUUGAUCAAAUCACGGGGAAUCUUUACUGGACGGAGACGGAUCGGAGUGGGUCCAAGCCUAAAGGGAGGAUUGGCGUUGCCAGUAGUGAUGGGAGAUAUAGAAAAAGUUUGAUUUCAGGGGGGUUGGAGUUUCCUACUAGUUUGGCGAUUGAUGCGGAGAUGGGGGUCAUGGUGUUUUCGGAUGCGGGGGGUGGGGGGCCGAAGAUCGACACCGCCUGGCUGGACGGCUCCAAACGCUACACCCUCAUCUCCACCAACAUCCGCUACCCCACCGGCCUCUCCAUCGACUAUUCCCACUACCAACGUCGCAUUUAUUUCGUGGACACAAAAUUAUCAAAAAUCGAAUCCAUGAAACCCAACGGACAGGACCGAAUAACAAUUUUACAAUCAGACAACUUACGACACCCGAUAAACCUCGACGUCUUUGAGUCCUCCAUCUACUGGGUGACACGUGACUCUGGGGAAUUACUCCGUCAAGACAAGUUCGGAAGGGGUGUGAGUGUCAUGAUGGAGAGGAAUUUGGUUAAUCCUACUUCCGUGUUAGUGUGGAAUUCGAGGAAGCAGGUUUUAGGAGGGAAUCCAUGCGGGAAGUCUAAUUGUACUCAUUUGUGUUUGCUCAUUCCUGGGGGGGCGAGGUGCGGGUGUCCCGAGGGGGCUGCGGGGGUUAAUGGGGGGAGUUGCGAUGCUCCCUUUGAGAGACCCCGCCCGGACCCACUCCCCUGCUCCUGUCUCAACGGAGGGAUCUGCAUGGAACUCAAAUCAGAACUGAGCUGUAACUGCCUGGACUCUUACUCUGGACAAAACUGCGAAAAUUUAGUCGCAAAAGAGCGCGUCUCCGCCACUGGGGAAGAUUCCUUCAGCGCCGGCUGGGUCGUGGCGCCCAUCGUUUUCAUCUUGUUAACUCUCUUGGCCGCUGCUUUUUAUGUUGUUCUGAGGAAAAGGAACUAUUUUGGGAAGCCUUUGGGUGGUGGUGGGGGUGGGGGGACGAGUUUUAGUGCGGGGAGUGUGGUCAGUUUUAGGCAGGGGAGCAAUGUGGAGUUUGGACAGCAACAAUCGCAAAUUGAUACGAAACCGCACUCCACGUCGGACUUUAGUAAUCCAAUGUACGAGCUGGACCCUAAUUUACCAUCGGGAUCUACUUCUUCUUCUUCAGCGGCGAUAAUCACCCCCCAAACGACGACGAUAUUAAAUAAGCCGAAGCAGUUUGAAAUAGCGGAGGUGGACACGGGGAAGGAUACACAAAAUUUAAUUACAGAAGCUGGUUCUUCAGAGUGCUAGUAGUUGAUUAGGUUUUUUUUCGUUGUGAUUUUAUUGAACAGUGUGUCAUAAUAAUUUAUUUUUUAUCUUUAGGGUAUUGUUUUUUAGAUUUAAUAAAGUAAAGUUUAGUUUGAAGUAAUAAAGUUUUUGUUAGUUGAGGAA